AUGUAUUUCAAAAUAUUAUUAUUAAUAAAUAUUUUAAUAAAUGUUUCAACAUAUAAUAUUAAAAUUAAGCAGCAGGAUUUACCUGAAUAUUCAGAAUAUUUGCGCCAAAAUUCAUCUAAUUUAAGAGAGUCAAAAAUUAAUAUAAGACAGUCCCCCGUUUCAUUCCCCCAAUUCACGGCGCUUAGUCUUUGCACAGAACCAAAAAAUGAUUUUGAACAUGUCUAUUGUUGGGUCAUGUUUGUAAUUUACAUAUUGAUGAUCACUAGCCUUGUAAUUUACCAAAUAAGGUCAAUUAUAUGGUUUAAGGUUAAACUCCCACGACAACAGCUACAAAAUGAAGUGUAA